AUGGCUCACUUCAUAGACCUGAACAGUCUCGCCAACACCUUACCGGCGAUUCCGAAACUACGUGAGAGUUGGAAAACCGGAAAAUCCAGCGGGAUUGUUUGCAGGAAAACCGGAGAAUUUGAAGAAGUGGAUUCGGUACAGAUCACAAGACGGAUGACACUGGGAUCUGCUGUCUCGAUAUGUCUAACCGGAGUCUUUGGCGGGAAUAAUGUUUCUUUGGCAAAAGACAACGGGUUUUGGAUCGAUGGUCCUCUUCCAAUUCCUCCUAUUUACAACAAUAUCACGAAUGAGCAGACGGGAACGAGAUCGUUCUUGAAGAAAGGAGUGUACAUAGCUGAUAUCGGGACACAAGGGAGGAUGUAUAGAGUUAAAAAGAAUGCUUUCGAUCUGUUAGCAAUGGAGGAUUUGAUCGGACCAGAUACUUUAAACUAUGUUAAAAAGUACUUGAGGCUUAAAUCCACCUUUUUGUUCUACGAUUUCGACAACCUCAUCUCUGUUGCUGCCUCUGAAGACAAGCAACCUCUCACUGAUUUAGCCAACAGAUUGUUCGACAACUUUGAAAAGCUUGAAGAUGCAGCCAAGACCAAGAACUUGGCUGAGACAGAAUCGUUUUAUAAAGAUACUAAGCUUCUUCUCCAAGAGGUUAUGACCAGAAUGGCUUGA